AUGAUCUCUCUGAAAUUCUGUAAAGUCUGCGAUCGAAGGAGUCAAGGAAUCCAUUUUGGAGUUUCCAGUUGUAGAGCGUGUGCUGCGUUUUUUAGAAGACGUGCCGGUUCCAACCUUAUCGAGAAGACAUGUAUGAGCAGCAGGUGUGGAGUUGAUUGUUUUCUCUGCAAACCAUGUCGUCUGAAACGAUGCUAUGAAGUUGGAAUGGAUGAGAAGAAAUUCCAAUUUGAUCGUGACGCCCUUCACUCAGUAUCCUCUACGAUAACGCUCCGGUCCUUUGAUAAAUUUGUAGGACGUCCUCAAUUCAUUCACUUUUGUGAUCCAGACGCCCCGACGUCUUCUAAAUUCAUCGAUCUGUCAUUUCUAGUGGAGAAAGGAGAAAAGAUUCUAAGAAAUGGGCCAGCGUGGGGUCCACAUUCCAAUAAAGGACCACUACAAAAACUUGUGAAUUUUCAUAACGUUUUUGAGAAAAUGCCUAGAAAUAUGGCUACCAACUCCAAAUUUUCCCCCGGAGACUGUUCGGAUUGUUGGGAGUAUUACUUCCUAACCACCGCCUCGUGGCUCACUAAUUUCGACGAAUUCCAAAAACUGAAUCAUCAGCUUAAAAUGAAGAUUCUGUUUGGCAUCUGGCACAUGUGGGGUCGAAUGGAUAAACUGGCAUCAACUGCUUUGGCAAGAAGGCGGAGUCAACUGACUGCUAAAUCUGAAAUUGCUCAGAGUAAUGGGUUGUUCUUAGAUGUGGAUAAAUUGGAGUUGGAUGUGUCGUGGCUUUGCAAUUAUAAACUGGAAGAAGUUGAAUUUUUCAUCGAUGGAUUCCGUAAUUGGGAUCUAAUUGAUACCGUUCAAAUGUUUAUCGAUCUUGAUCCAACACCCAUCGAACUCAAUUAUAUGUUGGCUCAAAUGAGUUUUUACUAUGCUGGAAACAGAUUUCAAGGAGAGAUUCUGGAAAUUAUGGAAAGAUUUCAACAGGUUCUAUCCGAUGAUCUGCAUAACUACUACGUGAAUGACAGGAAAAUGAAUAACUAUUCGGGGAGAUUGAGUAGACUUUUGAAGAUUAAUAAUGCAGUUCAGGAAAGUGUGCGGAAGAGGCGGCCAAAGACAGAAAUUGCGAAAACUUUGAAUAUAUUUACAGCAGAAUUCUCACAUCUGGAGAUGUUUUUCGAUACUGGUUUUUAG